AUGAUGGCAUUCUCAAGACAAUCAUCUCAGGACACCGACAUGUCCGCGAAAGUCCACACCGGAAUUGACGAAGUACGGCUAGAAUCCACACUUGGGCAUAAGCAAGAGCUGUCGCGGAACUUUGGACUGUGGAGUUUGACCAGCUUGGGGAUUGUCAUUGCAAACUCUUGGGCUUCAUCAGGGGGUACAAUCGUCGCAGCGCUCCAAAAUGGCGGUCCGAUGGCUGUUCUCUACGGGCUGAUUAUUGUCAGCAUAUUUUACACGCUCAUCUCGGCUUCUCUGGCUGAACUUGCCUCCUCCAUGCCUUCUGCCGGUGGAGUAUACUACUGGGCAUCAGUCUUGAGCCGGAGUCGAGGCCGCACAACAGGGUUCUUUACUGGGUAUUUGAAUGCUUGCGCGUGGUUGUUGUCAGCUUCAUCGAUGAGCUCCAUGUUGGGGAAUGAGGGUGUGGCGAUGUAUCUACUUCGAUACCCGACUGUGAAGUGGCAACCCUGGCAAGUAUUUAUCGGCUUCCAGAUUGUCAAUUGGAUGUGUUGUGCCAUUGUAUGUUUGGGUAAUCGGUUCAUUCCUCUUAUCAACCGAAUCGCCCUUACUCUUUCGAUGUGUGGCCUCAUUACAACCGUGGUGGUUCUCACGGUGAUGCCGAAAAAGCAUGCUAGCAAUGCCCAGGUGUGGACUGAGUAUCAUAACAACACGGGUGGAUGGUCGGACGGAAUCUGUUUCAUGACUGGUCUGUUGAAUGCUGCAUUUGCAGUUGGAGUCCCAGACUGUAUUAGCCAUUUAUCAGAAGAAGUCCCUAAACCCGAGAUCAAGGUCCCGCAAGGCAUAAUGCUGCAAAUGCUCACGGCCUUUGUCACAUCCUUUGUGUACUUGAUCGCCCUCUUCUACUCCAUACAAGAUCUAGACGCCGUCUUUGCAAGCAACAUUGGCUUUUUCCCAACCGCCGAAAUCUACAGACAAGCGACAGGCUCUAACGCAGGCGCCGUCGGUCUGAUUGCGGUGCUAUUUCUCGCAACCUUCCCGACUCUAAUCGGGACAUUCGUGACAGGCGGUCGAAUGUGGUGGAGUCUAGCACGCGAUAAUGCAACUCCUUUCUCGAAAUAUUUCGCCCAAGUGCACCCGACACUAAACUGCCCCGUGCGUGCCACAGUUGCUAUGAGCGCGCUCGUCACUUGUUUAGGGUGUAUAUACAUCGGCAGCACGACAGCAUUCCAAGCACUGAUCUCAUCGUUUAUUGUACUCAGCUCACUGUCCUACUUCGGAGCCAUUCUUCCUCAUGUUUUGUCUGGUCGUGGAAACAUGGUCCCUGGGCCGUUUUAUAUGGGGCAGAAACUUGGGAUGGCGGUUAAUAUUGUUUCUUUAUUGUAUAUUGCGGUUACUGUUGUUUUCUUCUGUUUCCCCUUGGUGUUGCCGGCCACAGUUCAAAACAUGAACUAUACCAGUGUGAUCGUUGUGGGCUCUCUGGCUCUCACUUCCUUCUGGUGGAUGUUCCGUGGAAGACGUCAAUACAGUGGCCCACAAUAUAGCUUUGAGGCUGCUGAGCAAUUGGCUGGUUUCCAAGAGGGCAAGAAGGGUCGUCGAUCUUUUAUUCACCUUGUGGGGGUUUCGGCUGUUGGACCGAGUGAGCAUGGGAAUGCUUCCUGA